AGCAGUGGGCCGAGUCGGGGCUGGAGGAGUGCAAGGAAAGGCGGAAGGAAGAUGGCGGCCUUGGCUUCGGAAUCGCUGCUCUUGAGUGACUCCAGUCGCUUCCGCGCGGAUAACCUGCUGAGCAGCGAGGACUGGGAUGCAGGUCUUUAUAGCUGCCUGGAUAAUGACGACGAUGUGGCAGCUGAGCUUUUCCCCUGCCUUGAACAAAGCAUGGUGGACAGCGACAAUUCCCAUUCCAUGUUCAGUGCUGGUUUUGACAUGGCUAUGGAAAUACCACCCCCGGAACCACCUUGGGACCCACUGCAAGACAUCUUUUUCCCAGAGCUGCAGGUGAAGUCUGAGCCAGUCUCCCCUGCGUCAUCUCACUGCUCUGAUUCGUCUGGUGCAUCCUCGGAUUCCUCUGCUUUGUCCUCUUCCUCCUCCUCUGCUGAUCUCCCUGGGCAGGCCCCCAACCCAUCUGACGUGAUUGGAGUGAAGGCGGAGCACCCUCCAACCCCUCCAUGCAUGUUUGGAGAUGUCCUUUCACCCCCCUUCGGUACUGUGCACAUCAGGGUAGUCCCAGCUCCUGAAACAGGGAAACCAGUCACUUCCAACAAAGCAGAGAGCAUUCUUAGUCGGAAGCCCCCCAUUCAGCCCAAGCCAGUUGUGGUAACUACUGUCCCAGCGCAGCCAACAACCACUUCCAGUAAGACCAUCUUACUGCAAUCUGUUCCCGUAACCCAGUCACAGACGAUCAACCCAGGAAUUUCAGUUCCAGGACAGAGUGUGGUGAUCUCCCAGUCUGAACUGCUGCAUCUCCCAGUGUCGGGGCUGAUCAAGGUUCAGUCUCCUGUGAAAGAAGGUCUCCCUGCAAAGCCAAUUCCCGCUGCCCCCAAGCCGGAAGCCAAGACUAUUGUCCCAGCUCCAACGCAAAUCGGACCCUGCAACCAGGAGAUAGAUAUCAAGGUCCUGAAAAGGCAGCAGCGGAUGAUUAAGAACCGGGAAUCAGCCUGCCAGUCUCGGCGGAAAAAAAAGGAAUACCUGCAAGGGUUGGAAUCGCGGCUGAGGGAGGCCCUGACAGAGAACGAGCGACUGCGACGGGAGAACGCUCUCCUCCGCCGGCGACUGGACUGUGUUGUGAACGAGAACAGCGAGCUGAAGUUCGGCUCUGGGAACCGGAAGGUCAUCUGUGUCAUGGUGGUCCUGCUCUUCAUCGCCUUCAAUUUUGGGCCUGUCAGCAUCAGUGAACACAAGGCAACAGAAGUGGACUUUCCUAAGCAGGAAGCAGAGCCUGGGCCGGGGCAGAGGCACCUCCUGGGGAUUAUAGGGGAACCCCAUGAAAUGUCUGAAGAGGAGCUAGAGGAGCGGCAAGAGGAGGCACCAGACAGGCCAGGGAAGACAUCGUUCCGGAACCUUUCAGCUUCCUUUUCUGACAUGAAGGAUCUCAUGCUGAGGGACCUGGAUAAAUUGUUCCUGGCUUCCGACUGCCGCCAAUUCAAUCGCACUGAAUCCUUGAGAUUGGCCGAUGAGCUCAGUGGCUGGGUCCGCCGGCACCAGAUCAAUCGGAGGAAGCCCUCGCCGUCCCGCAAAGCACCGCAGGCUACCCAGGUGAAGCGAGAAGGAAGGCCGCAAAGCUCCUCGCGCUACGUCCCUGCCAGCCCCCCUAGACACACAGAGAGGAAUUCUGUGCAUCAGCUGCAGGUGUAUCAGCACCCUGACCACACAGAACAUGACUUCAUGGAUGCCAUUGAUCGACGGGAGGAUACGUUCUAUGUGGUGUCUUUCCGCAGGGAUCACUUACUGCUGCCUGCCAUCAGCCACAACAAAACGUCUCGCCCCAAAAUGUCCCUGGUGAUGCCAGCCAUGGCCCUCAAUGAGAGCCUGUACAAUUCCUCCCUGGGCUACGAGGUGAUGAUGCAAAUAGACUGUGAGGUGAUGGACACCCGGGUCAUCCACAUCAAGAGCUCCACGGUGCCCCCUUUCCUGAGGCGCCAAGACGCUGUCCCUGACAACCGGACCCAGCCCGCUCCUCAGCCCUUCUCUGGAAGAACGGCCCGGGCAGCUUUGCGGUCUCAUCGGCCCACUUUCUCCUCCACGAGGCGGCACCCGCAUCGCACCUUGUACCUUGGGGAGCAUGGGGGGGGCUAGCCUCCCAAGAGGACAGAGAGAGUACCCUUGGGGUAUGGUACACCUACACAGUUUUGGGGAACAGUGCUCCUCCUGCUCUGGAAAGGGACCUGCGCAUGCACCCCCUCGGAGGAACCCUACCUGUGUGAGGGAUGGAUUGGAGAUACCACUUCCGCUUGCUGGGACCCACUCUUUCAGAUGACUGGGCUUCUCCUCCUCCUGGGGGACAUUUCUAUCCCUGGAUCAAUCCCACCUCCCUUUCCCCCCCCCCGAAAGUCCCUUCCCUGGCCUUUACUGCUGCUUCCAGAAUAGCCAUUGGGGUGGGGGGGGGAGGUAUCGCCUGCAGUUAGGACUGCUGUGUUCCUGCCACUGCCACUCUUCUCCACAUCCAAGUCCAGAUGACUCCUCUGUCGGGUCCAAAAGGGACUUUUUUUGCCAGUUUCUACUGCCCUCCAGAGGUUGUGAUCAAGAUUUGUUCAUUUUAAUGGAUAAAGAAGAAGGGAAUGGGGGGGGGGUCUUAACCUGCUGACUGCAAUGUGUGUGUGUGUGGGGGGGGAAAGAGCAUGCGUGAGAAGUCUCUUUCUACAAAGUAGACAGAGAGAGAGAGAAUGUGUAUGUAUAACAGUAUGUAUGUAUUUGGUCCUGUUUGACUUGCUGUGAUGGCACAAACCUGCCCUUUUGGGUCCUUGUAUAUUUUUUCCUCUGUUGUGUGCUGGGUUUUUU